UCUGCUUUUUUGAAGGAACACAGCCUCUUGUUUCACUAUGUUUGGCGUAGCACGGAGCGCGGCGCGAGUGCCGGUGGCCGCGGCGAUGCGGGGACUGGCGACGGCGGCAACGGCGCGUGCCGGGGGGGCAAGGCUUUUGAGUACUCGGCGCUGUUCCAGGCGGAGAACCCUGUCGAGACACCGUACAAGCUUGUGACGACCGAGGGUGUGGAGAGCGUGACGUUUCCGGACGGACGCGAGGGCCUGCGUGUGGCGCCCGAGGCGCUGACUCUGCUGGCGUCGACGGGCAUGCGCGACAUUGCCCAUCUCCUCCGGCCGGCGCACCUCAAGCAACUGAGCUCGAUCCUGGACGAUCCCGAGGCGUCGGACAACGAUCGGUUUGUGGCACUGCAGCUGCUGAAAACGCCAACGUGGCGGCCGGGAUGGUUCUGCCCGGGUGCCAGGACACCGGGACUGCCAUUGUGAUGGGCAAGCGUGGCUCGCACGUUCUCACCGACGGCAACGACGAGGCCGCGCUCUCCGAGGGCGUGUACAAGACGUACACCGAGACGAACCUGCGGUACUCGCAGGUUGCGCCGCUCGACAUGUACACCGAGACCAACACCGGCAACAACCUCCCGGCACAGAUCGACAUCUUUGCCACCGGUGGCGCCGAGUACAACUUUAUGUUUAUGGCCAAGGGCGGUGGCUCGGCAAACAAGACGUUUCUCUACCAGCAGACCAAGGCGCUGCUCAACGAGGAGACCCUCAUUCCGUUCCUUGAGGAGAAGUUCAAGGGCAUCGGGACGACGGCGUGCCCACCGUACCAUCUUGCAUUUGUCAUCGGCGGCCUCUCGGCGGAGAUGAACCUCAAGACGGUCAAGCUGGCCUCGGCCAAGUACCUGGACUCGCUGCCGACGACGGGUGACGCGACUGGGCGUGCGUUCCGCGACGUCGAGAUGGAGGCCAAGAUCCACAAGCUGACCCAGGUGGCCGGCAUCGGCGCCCAGUUUGGCGGCAAGUACUUUUGCCACGACGUGCGGGUCAUCCGGCUUCCGCGUCACGGCGCGUCGUGCCCGGUCGGUGUCGGCGUCUCGUGCUCGGCUGACCGCCAGGCGCUCGGCAAGAUCACCAAGGAUGGUGUGUUCAUCGAGGAGCUCGAGACCGAUCCGGCGCAGUACCUCCCCGAGGUUGUCGAGUCCGACCUUGCCGACGAGGUCGUGCCCAUCAACCUCAACGAAGGCAUGGACAAGGUCCGGGCCAAGCUCGGCGAGUACCCAGUCAAGACUCGGCUCUCGCUCUCGGGCACCCUCAUUGUGGCCCGUGACAUUGCGCACGCACGCAUCAAGGAGCAGCUCGAGGCCGGCACGCCACUCCCGGACUACUUCCGCGACUACCCGAUCUACUACGCCGGCCCGGCCAAGACACCCGACGGGUACAACGUCGGCUCGCUUGGCCCGACCUCAUCGGUCCGCCUCGACCCGUACCUCGACCCGUUCAUGGCCGCUGGCGGCUCGUUCAUCACCCUCGCCAAGGGCAACCGCUCCGCCGCCGCCCGCCGCGCCUGCAAGAAGCACGGCGGCGUGUACCUCGGCUCCAUCGGCGGCCCCGCCGCCCUCCUCGCUCGCGACAACAUCAAGUCCAUCGAGGUCGUCGACUUUGAGGAGCUCGGCAUGGAGGCCGUGUGGAAGAUCGAGGUCGAGGACUUUCCGGCCUUUGUCGUCAUCGACGCCAAGGGCAACGACUUUUACGCCCGCUACCUUCCUGCCUCUGCCGCCGACUAAUCGCCGGCCUCAGCAGCAGCUUGGACAAAGCUUGAGGUAAAUCACUUUCCCCCAACCAUGUUGCUCAACACUACAGUGCAGGUACAAGUACCAUAAGCAAACUCAC